AUGAACACAAAAGUUGAAGUUACACAGCUGGAGCCAUACAUACUUAAAGGCUCGAUCAAGGUUAUCGACAGGUUCUUUUCUGUGCCCUUGGAUUACGCCAAACCGGAUGGUCAGCUUAUCCGAAUAUUUGUGCGCAACCUUAUUCCUCUGGGUGAAGCCAAAGGAUCCAGCACAGACGCCGCAGAGUCAGAUUUGCCUUAUCUCUUAUAUUUGCAAGGUGGCCCGGGAUUCGGUGUCAACCUAUCUCUCAGCGCGGACUUGGGAAAUGCGGCUGAAUAUAUGAGCAAGCUUCAUAAGAGAAAAUAUCAGACCCUUUGGCUUGACCCUCGUGGGACUGGUCUCAGCACGCCAAUAACGGCGGACAUCUUUCAAGACAUGCAGAUGGACGAUGACGCUAUUGCCAAAUAUUUCAAACACUUUCGCGCGGAUAACAUUGUCAGGGACUGUGAGACCAUUCGGCACUUUCUCCUCGACAACAAGAAAGAUCCCGAAGCGCGCAAAUGGACAAUCUUAGGGCAAAGUUUCGGAGGCUUCUGUGCCGCCACCUACCUUUCGUUCCACAGUGAUGGCUUGAAAGAGGUGUUCAUCGCUGGAGGCAUCCCACCCAUGGUUGACUGUCCCGACGCAGUUUACGAAGCCCUCGUUUUUUAUGUAGUGAAGGUGGAAGAGCGAAACAAAGUUUACUACGGAAAGUAUCCCAAAGACGUUCAAAAUGUUCGUCGGAUCUUGAGUUUCCUAGCAAGCAACAAUGUCGUUCUUCCGAACGGCGGGAAUUUGACGGUCUCGCGUUGGCUGCAGCUCGGGAUGCAAUUUGGGUCACAUGGCGGCAUUGAUCGGGUUCACCAGCUUGUGUUCCGAGCAAUCACGGACUUGGACACGCUUGGGAAGCUCUCAUACGGACUUCUUGACAGUAUACAGGGAGCGCAGAGCUUUGACACCAACCCGAUCUAUGCAGUGCUUCACGAGCCUAUCUAUUGCCAAGGGAAGAGGGCGGGCUGGUCUGCACAUUGCGUGAUCCAGAAGAACGAUAGGUUUGUUUGGGAGAAAGUGAAGCUCAUGCCCGAUGAUGUCGCCGUAUAUUUCACCGGGGAAAUGGACUGGCCUAUGUUGUACGACAAAGAGACCCUGAAACAGAAUAAAGUCAAAGUAAACGCUGCAACGUAUGUCGACUUUGGUCUUGUGCAGCAGACAGCGUCUGUUGUCGGCAACGUGGAACAAUUCAUCACCAAUCAGAGUUUCCAUGACGGUAUACGCAAGAACAUGGAAGGCGUUUUGACUACCCUUUUUGAACUGUCUAAACGAGAGCGCGACUAA